AUGUCUAGUUUGUAUCCCCAAAAUUUAAACUUCUCUCCUGCAAGAAGUUUUCCUCCUCCACAUAUAAGGAGCAAUACAGAUGUCGAAAGUCAGCACUUGACAGAGCUGCUGGCAGAGAGGCAAAAGCUACAGCCAUUCAUGCAAGUACUUCCUAUAUGCAGCAGGCUCUUGGAUCAAGAAAUAUUACGAGUUUCUGGAAAAAUCUCUAGCCAAGCUUUUAAUGACUAUGAUAGACUACAGCGUGGUAGUCCUAGUCCAGUGGCUUCUUUGAACAUGAUGCCGGAUGUUGGAGUGGGUUUAGGUAGCUGGAAUGGAAAUGGUUGGAUUGGCAUUCAGCCUGAGAAAUUGGGUGGACCACAGGGUAUGAACAUAGACUGGCAAUCGGCACGGGGAAGUCCCAGUUCAUUCGUAGUGAAGCGAGUAAUGCGCUUGGAUAUACCUGUUGAUAGAUAUCCAAAUUUCAAUUUCGUGGGGAGACUUUUAGGUCCUCGAGGCAAUUCCCUUAAGCGAGUUGAAGCUUCUACUGGCUGCCGUGUGUUUAUCAGAGGAAAGGGUUCCAUAAAAGAUACUGGCAGGGAAGCAAGCCUGAGGGGAAGACCAGGCUAUGAACAUUUAAAUGAGCAGCUGCACAUAUUGAUAGAGGCAGAAUUACCUGCCAAUGUUGUGGACUUGAGGCUGAAGCAAGCGAAAGAGAUUAUUGAGGAGCUGCUUCAACCUGUGGAUGAUGCAGAAGACAUGUACAAGAGACAUCAACUUAGAGAACUAGCCAUGCUGAAUAAUUUCAGAGAAGAGAGCCCACAUCCAAGUGGUAGUGUAUCUCCCUUUUCGUCCAGUGGAAUAAAACGUCCCAAAACUGUUUAUGUCAUGUGCAAAGCAUGCGUCCUCGGAAGGAUUGGACACUGGUGUAUGCCUUUCCAGCAGAAGGUGAUGCCGGGUCUCAAGAUUAGUCACAAGAUCUCAGAGAAUUUGAUCAGCGCUACCCUUCUCCUCAGUCAUCUCGUUGGAACCUACUCGUGA